ACAAAACAGGAAGACAGACAGGAAGUGGUAAAGUAUUUCAUCAUGUAAUCAAGGCGGUAUUAGUUGUGAAGGAGUGACACUAAAAAGUCUAUAAAAUAAAUACGUAUGAUUAUUUCAAACUACGUGAAACAUCUGGAAAAGCCAAAGGGUGAGGUGUGAGGUUGUGUUCAGAGGUUGGCUGACCUUACAGUCUUUUACCAUGACAAGAUCAGGCGCCUUCAAACUCAGCAUUGUCUUCUUUCUCACCUUAAUCCUGUGUCUACCAGAGUUUUUUCCAGAAAUAUCUCAAAUUAAGUUUAUCUGCGAGCUGUUUGACCCUUGCACUCCUGAAAAUGAUGCACAGGUGUGUACACCAGAUGACCCUCCAUGUGUGACAGAAAAGAUAAAUGGCAGCAGUCAACACACACAUGAAGACUGGUAUCUGUGUAAGACUGAAAUAGAUCUGCAGCUUCUCUACAACAAUACCUCAGAGUCAGGAAUGGAUGUGAAGGUGGUACUGGCAAUGAAGUCAGGCAAUCUCUCUGGGUGGAACAUUAGUGUGUUUGCUUUUCUCAACAACACUGAUUUGUACACUGGACCCCAAAACGACCAGAGACUCUUCUCCUGCUACCUCCCACCAGACGACAGCAAAUGUCCAGAUCUGAACAUAACUCUGCAUGAAAACACCAGCACUCCAACACAAGACACCUCGAUUUUGAAAACCAUUACUCCUGCAAACCCAGCCACCUCUUCACCCAAAACAACUACACUAUCUUUCCAAGCAACAGCUUCUACAGAUGAGCUGAAGUGCCAACCAAACAGCAGCAGUUUCCUCUUUUACUACCAACAGCAAAAUGAAACAGCAAGAUCAGCUGCAUUAUCAGCGACAAAAACAAGAAAAGCUGGCCGCUGGUGUGUGAUCACGUCGGUGUGGUUUGCUCUGGUACUGACUGUGGUUGUGGUGACACUAGUGAGUGUGGGCAGUCUGAUCUUCAAGAGCAGAAAACAGAGAAAGUCCCAUUUGGCCACAUCUGUGCCUGAUUCAACCAGUGGACAUCAGUUCAAAGAGCUCAGGAAACAAAAAGGAAAUUUAAUGAGAGAUGCCCCUGAUGUGUCCAUAGCAAUAUGCAGCAUAAGUGAUGGUGGUGUUUUCUCUCAGAUCUCUUCGGUGGAGAACAGAACAAACGAGCACCUUCUGAAGGUAGAUGACAUCAAGAGAAGAUUGUCGCCAAUCUAUGAGAUUACAGAUUCCUCAUUAGAUGAAGAAGAGAAAAAUGAAGAUGAGGAAGAGGGGCACUGUAACGUCUCAAUAACAAAGGAAGAGUUUAAAAACUCAAACCAGCUCCAACAUCAGGGCAACUGUGAACCACCUACUUAUCUGCAUCAUCGAAGCUUUUCUUGUUCCUGUCAUGAAGACGAUGUGGAGCUUUAACUAUUUAAAUCUAAGAGAAACAGCAGAGGCACUUUAUUAAAUAUAUGUAUUUAUUUACAAAACGACAGGGACCAGUUAACUUGAGCAUGCUUUCUUCAUUCUAACAUCAAACAUCAGUUCUAGUACUGCCACCAAAUUAGACAAGUAUCCCGUUAUAAUCUUUCUUGAAUGUGUAUCUGCACUUUGUUGUUUAUAAUGAGAGAAGUCAGCAAGCACGCGCACUGCACAAAACACCGGCGUUUCAGCGAUGACUCACCUGAAAACUGCUGAUUGGCCACUGCAUUCAUAAAAACAACAGAAUCGUGUGUGAUUGGUUAUAAUGCGCACCGCUGUAAAACACGUAAUAUUAUUAAACAUAAGCGGUUCAAAAUUUAAUGUCACAACAAACACUUCUCUUUAACUUUCAAUCACUACAGGCGUAAUGGAUUUAGUUAAAUAGUGUUGUUGGACCAUUUGGGUCCCAUACCCCUGUUAAUUUCUGCUCUGUGGUCCGCCUUACACACAUACGCUCUCAGUGCCCACCGUUUUGAUAUAACCAGAGUGACCAAGCAAUAUACCGUAUUUUCCAGACUAUAAGUAACACUUUUUUUCAUAGUUUGGCUGGUCCUGUGACUUAUAGUCAGGUGCAACUUAUCAAAAUUAAUUUGACAUGAAGAGAUUCCCAUCUA